AGAAGAGGAGAGUGGAGUGGAGUGGAGUGGACGUUCUUCUUUCGAUCUUCACUACCUGCCUGCCUAUCCCGAAUCGACCGGUCGUCUUCUCACAUCCUCGUUAACUUGUAGAGCCUGAAAAUGGCGCUCUUAUCCUUACGUUUAGCGUCGUCCUUGGCCAGGCACCUGCCGAAUACCACGGCCCAGAUUAAUUGGCCUGCCGCUACUAUAGCUUCUCGCAAGUAUCAUGUCACCUGCAGUCGCCGUUCAGCAGAGAUCUCUGCUAUUCUGGAGGAACGUAUCCUUGGAUCUGCGCCAAAGGCUAAUCUUGAAGAGACUGGCAGGGUACUCAGUAUUGGAGAUGGUAUCGCACGUGUGUACGGGUUGAAGAACAUUCAAGCUGACGAAAUGGUAGAGUUUAGCUCAGGCUUAAAGGGUAUGGCGUUGAAUUUGGAGCCUGACAAUGUGGGUGUUGUCGUAUUUGGUAAUGACAGACACAUUAAGGAGGGUGAUAUUGUCAAGCGUACUGGUGCUAUUGUUGAUGUUCCCGUUGGCGAAGAACUGUUAGGCCGUGUUGUUGAUGCCUUGGGUAAUCCUAUCGAUGGCAAGGGGCCUUUAAACAGUAAAUUAAGAUUCCGUAUUGGAACAAAAGCUCCAGGCAUUAUCCCCAGAGUAUCAGUUAGGGAGCCUAUGCAAACUGGAAUAAAAGCUGUGGAUUCCUUGGUGCCUAUUGGUCGUGGUCAACGUGAAUUGAUCAUUGGAGAUAGGCAAACUGGAAAAACUGCUCUUGCCAUUGAUACUAUUAUCAAUCAAAAGCGUUUCAAUGAUGGCGGAGAAGAAAAGAAGAAAUUAUACUGCAUUUACGUCGCGAUUGGUCAGAAGAGAUCCACCGUUGCACAAAUUGUAAAGCGUUUAACAGACAGUGGUGCUAUCAAUUACACUAUCAUUGUAUCCGCCACUGCCUCCGAUGCGGCUCCGCUUCAGUACUUGGCUCCCUACUCUGGAUGUGCCAUGGGAGAGUUCUUCAGAGAUAAUGGAAAACAUGCCUUAAUCAUUUACGAUGAUUUGUCCAAGCAAGCUGUUGCCUAUCGACAAAUGUCUCUGCUACUUAGAAGACCACCUGGUCGCGAAGCCUACCCCGGCGACGUAUUCUACCUUCAUUCUCGUUUGCUUGAAAGAGCUGCAAAAAUGAAUGAAGGGCUGGGUGGUGGAUCGUUGACAGCUUUGCCUGUUAUCGAAACGCAAGCCGGUGAUGUGUCUGCUUACAUCCCUACCAAUGUAAUCUCUAUUACCGAUGGUCAGAUCUUUUUGGAAACCGAAUUGUUUUACAAGGGUAUUCGACCUGCUAUUAACGUCGGUUUAUCCGUAUCGCGUGUCGGAUCUGCUGCUCAAACCAAGGCCAUGAAACAGGUUGCUGGUUCUAUGAAAUUAGAAUUGGCCCAAUAUCGUGAAGUAGCAGCUUUCGCUCAGUUUGGUUCGGAUUUGGAUGCUGCAACUCAGCAAUUGUUGAAUCGCGGCGUGAGAUUAACGGAGCUUCUCAAACAGGGACAAUAUGUACCCAUGGCUAUUGAAGAACAGGUAGCAGUUAUAUAUUGCGGUGUACGUGGCUACCUUGACAAAAUGGACCCUACCAAGAUAACCAGUUUUGAAAAAGAAUUUCUUGCACACAUCAGGUCUACUCAACAAGAUCUUCUUGCUACCAUUGCGAAAGAAAAUGUAAUUAGUGAAGCAUCAGACGCGAAACUAAAGAAAGUAGUUACAGAUUUCCUUGCGUCCUUCUCAGCAUAAAGUGCGAUCAUCAAAACUCAUUUUAAUGCGAGUCAACAUAGAUAAUGGAAGAACAUGAGGUGUUCUUAAAGAUUUUUCUGCUGCUGUGUUAAUGUACCGAUAUUACGCAUCGCUAUACAAAUGUUAUUAUUAAAAUGUAAUUAUGUAUAAUAUCUGUACAUUAAAAAUAUUAUUGCAGCAAUUCCAUAAACGACCUGUAAAUUUGACAGCCAUCUACAAUAUAUUGAUACAUAAAAAA